AUGGAGGAUAAUUUUGUAUUCCCUGCAACAUCUCCACAAGAAUUUCCAGACACUACGAUGAAACAAACGGCUAAGCCUAAAUCGUCCAAGGGAAAAGCUCGAAAGAAGAAGGGAGACAAUACACCUGAAGACCCUUAUGCAAAAGUGAAACGUUCCAAAAGUAAGAAACUGAAAGGACUUCCAUUAGAUAAAGCUGAGCAGUUGAGACUUAAAAUGAAUGAACAGGAAAGAACUCGUCAAAGAGCAAUAAGGGAGGCCAUUGAUGAGCUGAAACAAAUGGACAUUCCUGACUUCCUAAGCGCAGACAAUUACAAAGUUGGUUGUAAAUGUCACACGUUAAAAACUGUCAUCGCUUACAUCGCUCACAUAAUGAACCAGAUAGAGAAUCACGACCAGAUUCACGGCGUAUCUGAACAUCUCCAGCGACAGACUCAGCUGCAUCAACAGCGGUUACAGGAGAAACUAAAUGUGAUGAAACAGGAGGAGGCACAGUAUCAGUUACAACAACAGGAGCUAGAGAAGGAAAUACUGUUGCACCAACAGCAACAGCAGCUAAUACAACAGCAACAAUUUUUACAACCUACGACAAAUCUACAGCUACCGUGUGAUUCACAGGAACAACAGUUGCAGUCAGAUCAACAGCAGGUCAUUCUUGGGCAACCACAAAUACAACUUGAAACACAGCAGAUACUGCCUAAUCUGCAACAACAACAGCUACUGUUCAAUCCUCAGCAACAACAUCAAGAAAUGCAACUAUACCACCAACAACCAGACACAAUAGUAGAGCAAAAAAUAACACUCUUAGAAAACCAUCAACAACAAAUCCCUCAGCAACUGCUAAGUACCAUGUACCAGCCUCAACUACAGCAACAUAUUUCGCCCCAAUUUCAUCCACAAAAACUCGAUGUACAGCCUCCUAUUCCGGUACUUUUACAUCAACAGCAAACUCAACAGAAACAAUCCUUAUUACCUUCUAUCAACCCAAUCGGUUUUCCCAGUCAUCUGUCUGCUCCACCUAUAAACAGCACUUCAUUUAAUCAUGCCUCAGGAUCUGUUGGGUCUAAUGGACACUUUAGUUCUAUGUAUCAGGGUCAGUACCAUCACUGUGGUGUAAACCCCUUAGAGCAGCCUGUAUUUGCACCGCAAUACUAUUCAGCUCCGAAUUCUUGGACACCCCAUUGCCAGCCCUUAAGACAUGUUUAUGUAGGUCCUGAUGUCAAUUUAAUGAAUAAAUGCCUGAGCUCAAAAAAGAAACCCAGUCGAAAAGCAAGUUCUAAAAAGGGCAAAACUACUACCCCGGCUAGAGCAGCAGCAUCAUCUACUACAGCAUCAACUACAUCAACAGCACCAUCUGACCCAGGCAGUCACACUGGUGUAAGUUCUACAGGGAAAAAAAGAGUUCUAGAUGACCAAAAAAAUAUUGCCUUUGCUGAUACGAGUAGCCCAACAUUUUCUGACACAACCUCGGCUUUUUUCUUGCCGACUGCUGACCAAAGUGCAAGUGGCUCAACCCCUAGUGACAGCGGUAACUCCAACCGAUCCAUCAGCAGAGAGUCCGAUAUGGGGGUCGAUUAUGUUAGCAACAAAGAUCAAAACAAUGACACUGAGAAGACGGAUUGGCUGCUGGAUGCCGCUUCUGUUAAUCAGUUUUUUUGA